AUGAGUGUUGGUAUACCAAAACUUUCAGAAACUCCUAAAGUUAAUGAUUUAUGUGACUUUUGUCCCACACUUAAUCUAUAUCUAAAGCCUAUUGCACGGGUUUCUAUAACUGUCCAGAUCCCUUUGCUUCACGAUACAUCCGGUCAGUUAAAAUCUUUCACGACAUGGGAAAUCAUCGAGAAAAUUCGACAACUUUGCCCUGGAAUACUCUCUCCCUCUACUGUUAUGAAAGUAGUUCACACUACUUUAGAAUUCGUCAGAUUUUCAGUUGAUCUGGAAUGCAAAUCAGACGUCAGGCGAGUUGUGACAAGUUUGGAAAGUCAGUUCAUCAAGUUAAGCGGUUUCCCUCAGAAUCUUCGUGUUCGUGCAAGUGAAGCUCCAUAUGACUGUCCAAGACGUCAUGAUUGGGAGGCAUUUUUCCGUGAUGCUCAAAAUAUGGAUGAAACAAAAUCUGGUGAGAGACCUGAUACUCUUGUACUCACUGGUCUUCCUGUCAGAUGGUUUUCCAGUGCGUCACAUAAUAGGCCACGCUUUAGUGCUAACAGUGAUGAUACUAUUAAUAGUUAUUUAUCCCUUCUCGUGGAUGAAGAGAAGCCCAAUCCUUCGAUUCUUAAAGAAGCAUUCGAAGUAUUCGGUAAAAUCCGAGAGAUUGAUAUUCCUAUGCUAGAUCCUGCUCAAAAUCCUGAUUGUCUAGAAGAUUAUAUAAAUAACAAUAAUAGUGUCAAUGUCUCUUCUUCUACUAUUAUAUCCAAAACUACUACUAAUAAUAAUAAUAAUACAGCUAAAAAUAAACCCAAUGAAUCUCCAUUCUGUAAUGAAUCAAAAGGCACAGAAGAAUAUGUUGGAGGAUUUGGAAAAAUCUGUCCUGAUACAAUUGGUCUAUUAAAUCCAGCUUUACAGAAUAAUAGUAAUACAACAGUCAAUUCCUGCGGAGUUAAUUCAAAUUCAUCUGAACUGUUAAUAAAAGCGAAAAAAUCGAAUGGAUUGAUAAAUUCCCCUACUACUACUAGUUCGGCUAGUAGUAGUAGUAGUCCAUUGACUUUUAUAGCUUAUGUACAAUAUAUGGAUUAUACAGGAUUUAGUCGUGCUAUGGAUAUGCUACGCGGUCAAAAACUUGUUUAUGCUCCAACGUAUAAAAAUCAAUCAUUAUCGUCAACAUCAUCAGCAGCAGUAUCAUCUGAUCGAAGUGAUAAAUUAUAUUAUGCAGCUGAAAUCAAGAUUGAUUUCGAUCGAACUAAACACCUAUCACCAAAUUCAAUUCAAGCAAGACAUAUGAAACGAAAACAAUUAUUCAUCAUUGCUGAACGUAGACGUGCCGAGGCAAGAAGUCUAGCUGAAGCAGAACAAGAACGUUUACGUCUUUUAGAAGAUUCAGAGCGUAAAGCUGCAGAACGACGUCAAGCGGAAGCACUGGCUGCUGAAGCGGAACGUGCAGCUAAACGUGCUGCACGUGAAGAAAGUAAACGACAAAUUUUUUAUUUAUAA